UCUAUGCCGGGAACAUCCGUCCUGUGCUUUGUGCUCCUGGUGUCGGGGGCAGACACUGCGUCGUCUCUGCUGCUCCAUGAGCCUGGUCUGAGCAGAGCUCUGCACCUCUCCAGUCCCUGCCUUCUCCUCCUCUUCGCCUUGGAUCCUCGCCUGUCUUCUCCUCCUCCCACACAGCAGAAAAAAGGUCACGUAUGUUGGGAGAAAUAUGUAGGUCAGUGGAACAUUUCCUGCACUUGUGCCUGAGCCCAGCUGACACCCCUGCACCAGACUCCUCUCAUAGACUUGUAUUAUUCCUGACCCAAUUCCACAGCGAGCAGACACCCACACACUCCUGCCUACGAGCAGCACCCCCCUCUAUUAUUUCCAGUGGCAUUGGUGCCAUAUGUCAGCUGGCCACCCACUCAGUGGGGUAACAUGCCCUUGGCUGGCACAAGGACCAUAACUUUGUAGAAAUGCAGCCUGUACCUGGGAUUUGUGCCAUUGCUCCAAUAAGCGGAGCUAUCAUUGCGAGGAGUCGAGGAUCGUGCAUAUCGCUGUCACUGCCUGUGUGCUGCAGGAGCCUGGAGCUGGCACCACCGCGCCCGGUCUCUCAUCAUGAGAUACAGAGGCAAAAGCAGUAAAACCCACGGGACCCCCGACUCCAGCAGCAGCAGCAGCCAGACUUUAUCCCCGGACCCUACUACCCCCGGGGAAGCGAGGAGCCGCUGCCGGCCGUCUGCCCCUCAGCUCGCCUCUGCGGACAGCAGCACAGUCAGCCCGAAGUGUAACCCCCAAACUGCCCAGCGUCCAGAACUGAGCGGAGCGGGCAGGAAUAGCUGCGCAGAGAAGCUAAUGGAUGGAGAUGAGAAAGAUAGGGUGAAGAGGGCUUUACGUAACAGAUCUGAGAAAAAGAGGCGUGACCAGUUCAAUGUACUUAUCAAAGAGCUCAGCUCCAUGCUUCCUGGGAAUGACCACAAGAUUGACAAAACCACUGUGCUGGAAAAAGUUAUUGGAUUUCUACAGAAACACAAUGAAUUUACAGCUGAGACAGAGGGCAGUGAUAAUCAUCCAGACUGGAAGCCAUCAUUUCUUACUAAUGAAGAAUUUACCCAGUUGAUGCUGGAGGCACUUGAUGGCUUUAUUAUAGUGGUUACAACAGAUGGGAGUAUAAUCUAUGUCUCUGAUAGUGUCACACCAUUACUUGGGCAUUUACCAUCAGACAUCUUGGAUCAAAAUCUGUUGAAUUUUUUACCAGAACAAGAACAUUCUGACAUCUAUAAAAUUCUGUCUUCACCCAUGUUUGUAACAGACUCUACAGCAAUCAGUUUUUUGAAUGCUGAGAAUGAUUUGGAAUUUUGCUGUCAUCUUUUGAGAGGAACUCUAAAUCACAAAGAAAUUCCAACAUAUGAAUAUAUAAAGUUUAUAGGAAACUUUUGUUCCUGUACUAACAUGCCUCUUUCUUCAUGUAACGGCUUUGAAGGGGCUGUUUCCAGAACAUACAGGGCACAGCUUGGUAAACAGGUCUACUUCAUUGCUACAGUUCGACUUGCAACACCACAAUUCUUAAAGGAAAUUUGUACUGUUGAGGAAUCAUUUGAAGAAUUUACAUCAAGGCAUAGUCUUGAGUGGAAAUUUCUAUCUCUUGACCACAGGGCUCCACCAAUCAUAGGAUACUUACCUAUUGAAGUUCUUGGCACAUCAGGAUAUGAUUACUAUCAUGUAGAUGACCUAGAGAUAUUAGCCAAGUGUCACGAACAUUUAAUGCAAUUUGGAAAAGGAAAGUCUUGCUGUUAUCGGUUUCUUACCAAAGGUCAACAAUGGAUCUGGCUUCAGACUCAUUACUAUAUUACUUACCAUCAGUGGAAUUCCAAGCCUGAGUUUAUUGUAUGCACACAUUCUGUUGUGAGUUAUGCAGAUGUUCGAGUGGAAAGGAGACAAAAAAAGAAUAAGGAUAAUACCUCAUCAAAAGCCAUUGUCACGGCCACACUAAAGGACAAAAGCCUAAGCGUGGACAGUGAAAAGCAUUUUAAUAUGCUUAACGUUAGUGCCUCACAACUCAGUCGCAGUUGUUCCCCCACUGUUUCCUUAAGAAGUUCACAUAAAUCUUCUGAAGCUGCAGAACCUGCAUCAACACCUUCAAAGCAGACCUCAGACGUUAAGUCAUUUGAACGAGUUUCUGGUAGGCAGCAUGAUGUUCAACUUCAAAGAAUGAAUCGGCUCAGCCCAGUCCAGACCUCAGUACUAGCUCAACAAUGUGAUAUCCAGCAACAGUUGGUGCAGGAAAAUCCACUGCAAAGCGAGCAAGCUCCAAUUUCCCAGUUUUCUGCACAUGGCAUGCUCCAGACCAUCAAAAAUCAGCUGGAACAGAGGAGACUGAAUAUCCAGGCCAACAUAAGGUGGCAGCAGGAAGAGCUUCAAAAGAUCCAGGAGCAGCUCAGUGUGGUUCAGGAUCCUAAUUUACAGAAGUUUCACCAGCCUCAGGUUGUUUCUGUGAGCCUUAACCAUGUACAACAGAGCGAUCCCCAGGAACAAGGAAUCCAUCUGAGAUCUGGAAUGAUACCUCAGCAACACCAAAUUCUGUUCACUUCUUCGCCUCUUGGGCAGAUGCCAACCUCUCAAAUUGUAAACCAGCAUCUGGUACCACCUGCUUCAGUGAUGAGGGAUGGCAAUGUCAUAUCCUGCAAGGGACCGAAACCUUUCAGAAGCAUGUCUGGAGUAUCAAGAAGUGACCACUUAGCCACUACAAUCCCUACCUCUCAGCUCAGCUCUCCCACAGUAGUAUCACAAAAUAUAAAUACAUCGCCCUCUGCUGCUGGGCAGCAGGAUAACAGCCAGCACCAGGGAGCUCCCGAUUUCAGUCAUGACAGACAGCUCAGGCUGCUCCUCAGUCAGCCUAUCCAGCCAAUGAUGCCAAACUCAUGUAGCACAAGAAGAUCAUCAGAUAGUGGACAUCAGUCAAGCAGAUUUUCACAAAGCCCACAAGUAUUUACAAGUUUAGAAGUGCAGACUUCUGUCAGCAAUCGUCCUAUUGUGCUAAUGGGUCAAGCGAUCUUACACCCCGGUUUUACAACACCACACACUACCCAACAACAGAAUAUCCGGCCUAUGCAAGUACAGCAGCCACAACAGCAGUUUGUCCAGGUGGCAGCAACAAGCACUUUACACAAAGAUCAACCCGAUGCUUUGAUCCUGCCCACUUACGCCCAGCAUCAAGCGUCUUUGGGACUACAGCAGCAGAUAACACCCAGAAGAACUAACAGUCUCUCCAAGACAUAAAAUGGAAAGUCACAGGUAGCAAGCCUACUAAUCAUCAGCAGAAUAAAAAUCCAGCAUAUUCUGUUUCAUGUCCAAAUAUGCUUCUUCUCAGCAGGGGGUGUCACUAAAUUCACAAUGAAGUGAUCCUGAGCUACAUCGGCUGAAAGCAAUUGGGUUCAUUCCGUUUAGGGCUAAUUGGAGAGAUGGUUCUGAACCCACAGAUUGCUCUAUGUGGACACCAUUCUGUAGCAAGCAGUGCUUCUACUUGUGAUGUCCAUUAAGACAUAUAUUUCCUUUGUGUCAAGUUUUGAACAGCAAAGCUCAAUGUUUAGUAGAAUCUAGCAGUGCUUUGAGAGAGAACUGAAAACAUGCACAGCCUACAGUACAUUGUCUGUCUGACCAAAUAGAGCUGGUGGUACCGAAAACUAUGUCAUAAGCCCAAUAUUUGACAUCCUACAAUUUCAAUAUUUGUUCACACUGGAGUGUAUAUAUCCUUGGUCUUGUGCUUUUCUUCAUACCAACAGUUGCAGAUGCAUUGACCCAUCAGUUUGUAUGCUAAUAUGUACUUUAAAAAUGGAAUUAUCAAUUUCGAUCUGAUAUAGUCCACAGAAAUAGUUACAAGCCAGAUAUUAUUUUUUUUUUAUGUAUCUAAAAAUGAAAGUUUGUUUUGUUCGUUUGUUCUUCAUAGGCUCCUACAUGCAUUGUUGGAUCCCAACCAAACUUGGUACAUAUACUCUUCAUGAUCCAACAUAAAAUACUGGAGGGUUGUCAAGUCCAGCCGACAGGGUUUUGGAAGGUUCUAAUAAAGUAAUUGGUUUCAAUCUGACCCCUAAAAAACUAACAGUUUGUUGCCCAUAGCAACCAAUCACAGCACAUCUUUAAUUUUUGCCCAUAGCAAU